AUGCGGAUCGGUGCCCCACGGCCCACUGCGCAGGUCAUGCAAGACCGGGGAGGAGAACUGGACACGGUCAACGUGCGCGGCUCUGGCGCUGUGGACGUAUCACAGGACCUGUACCCCUACUGCAUCGUUUGGACACCCAUCCCGGGCUGCACAUGGUGCUUUCCUUUCAUCGGCCACAUGGGCAUCGGAACUUCGACCGGGCAGGUCUGGGAGUUUAUGGGCUUCGGGGCCACAAAGGCGCCAAGAGGUGGGCUUUCGUUUGGCCCCGUUUGUCGAUACGUGCAGCUGAGCCCAAAGGCGGUUCGCCGAGGAACGUGGGACGACGCCAUUGAGGCGGGCUUGCAGAAGGUUUCAGGCCGGCCUCAUGGGGCGUGCAUCUCGAACUGUCACAGCUUCGUGGCGGAUUGCUUGCAUGAGAUGCGGUACGGAGGGGUCCCUUGCUGGAACUGGCUGUCGUAUGUGUUGGCCAUUUGGCUCUUCAUCUUCGCCGCUCAGCUGCACCUUCCCGGGACAUUUCACGACGUUCCCACGGACUGCGGCAGGGCACCCGAGCCAGUUGUGGUGGAAGACUCCUGGACAGUAGACAAGCUGAAGGAAGCAAUUGAGCUGGAGAGCGGCAUCGGGAAGGAAGAGCAACAACUCCUCUCAGGCUGCGAUGAGCUCUGGGACGGCGCCUCCCUGGAUGGUGCCUCCGAGGUGACGCUGCUGCGCCGAAGCCCGGAGAAGGUGGAUCUUCUGCGCAGCAUCAACACCUGCGAGGCUCAGAAGACCGACACCCUCGCCACCAUUGAUGAAUAG